GACCGCGAGCCGCCGCCGUUAGCCUCUGUCUCCUCCUCCUCCUUCUUCUUCAUCGCGUGAACCUUGUUGUUGUGUUUGUUUCGUACCCUCCUUUUCUCCCCUCUCCUUUUCUCCUGCUUCCUCUCCUUUUCCAGCUUUCUACCCAUGAGUUCGUAUUUUGUAAACUCCUCUUUUCCGGUGUUACCGGGAGCAACCGGAGGCGGGCAGACGGCGGCAGCGGAGCCGUUCCUGGGUCAGAUUUCGCUCUAUUCGUCGGGAUAUGCUGACCACCCGCUCAGACACUAUCCGGGGGCGGCAGCUGUUUCUGCCGCCGCGGCCGUGGCGUACAGCACGAGCGGAGGCGGCAUGCACCAGGACAAAUCAUACCCGGUGUCCACUUAUUACCCACAGACAGCGAACGGAGCGUACAGCGGCCACCGGGGGGCUGCAGCGUCCGCCGCCGGAGCUGGUGCCUGCGACUACGCUACAGCGGCAGCGGCCGCUGCAGCGGCAGCCACCAGCCUGUACCGGGACAAGGAGCACCCGUGCAGCCUGGACGAGCACCAGCUCGCGCUCAGCCAGGAAAGCAUCCACCGGAAGCUGGACUGCGCGGGGCUCGGUGGGAAGGGGUUGUACGUUGACACGAUGGAUGACAAGCAAGCGGCGUCUACGCCGAUUUAUCCCUGGAUGCAGAGGAUGAACGCGUGCAACGGGACCUUCGGCAGCCCCGGGAGACGCGGGCGGCAGACGUACACGCGCUACCAAACGCUCGAGCUGGAGAAGGAGUUCCACUUCAACCGUUACCUCACGCGACGGCGGCGCAUCGAGAUCGCGCACGCGCUCUGCCUCACGGAGCGACAGAUCAAGAUCUGGUUCCAGAACCGAAGGAUGAAAUGGAAGAAGGAAAACAAGCUAAUUAACUCCUCGUCGUCCUCCUCAUCCUCCUCUUCUUCCACUGUGAACGUUACAGAUGAAGAGGAGAAACGGACGGAAUAAAAGAGGAAAAAUGAAUAAAUAAACUGAUGUAUAAGAUGAAAGGAGAAGACUUAAGAGAAGACAUGCUGGUUGCUGUAGUCCUGUCCGACCUGUGGACGCGGUGGAAAGUCUCUGUUCUCCAUGUUCCUUUCUUUUCUUGUGAGAUGAGCAGAGGUCAGACAGGUAGAUAUCCCCAGAGUCCAGGUAAAGGCGUUGCCCUCAUGCAUUUCCGAUAUCAAACGUAUUUUUUAGGUUUUGGAACGCUUUAAUUAUUAUUAUUAUUAUUAUUAUUAUUAUUAUUAUUAUUAUUAGUUACAUGUACGUAUAGGUCUCCUUGUCUUCUCUCCUUACUACCGCAAAGUCUGGAUUUAAUUUAGUAAAACUAGGAAAGUGGCCUAAAACCAAAUACAGAAAAUGAAUAUAAACAAACAGAGGUCACGCGUGCACUUAAUCCGAGCUACGGUUAGAGUUUAACCUGGACCAUCUUUUUUUAUUAUUGUUUAAAUCCACAGAAAGUUAGGUUAUUCCCGUGCGAGAGAAACCUCUAGACGUUGAGUCUCUCCUGACUUCCUCUGAGGGACGUCACCCACAUGUCUCAGCACACAAGGUGUCUUUAACCACCUGGUUAUGCUGUGAUUAUAAAACCAGGCUGAAUUAUUUUAUUCUUAUCAGAGAACAGCGACAGUCUGGAACUUAGUUAAGCAACCGCGAGUCUUAAUGAGCUGCUUUUCAUUUUCUGACCCAUUUCACCGUCUAAUAGAAAAUAAAUAGCUAAAUAAAUAAUUGGAUAAGACCAGAUUUAUUAGAAAUUCCGCUGGAUUCAUGCAAGUGUCCUUAAAGUUUAAAAACAAGCAAACUGUUAAAUGGGUGAAAUGGAGCUGCAGAUAUUGUGCGCCUGCGAACACCUCUCUAGUCCAUCCAGACUAGUUCCGAUUCUAUAUUUUAAUGACGUUACAUCUUAUUUUUUGGAAUUUUAAAUGGCCCCGUCUUUUCCUGGAAGGUCUGGGUUACUUCUCUAGAUCGCCUGAAAUUAGGAAAUAUCCCUUUCUUGCAGCAUUCCAAGAAAACCGCCCAACUUUGUAUUUCGGGUAAAGAGUUUAUUUUGUUUUACUUGUUUUUGUUUGUUUCUGUACUUCCUGUUUUGAGGCACUUGUUUAACACUUCUGUUUGGGAUGUUUCCUUUUUUUUUUUUUUUUUACUUUGGCCAAUGCACUCUGCACU